CGGCUAGUGGGAAAGUCAUAUCUUCGUUGUCAGUCGCUGUUUUCCUCUCGGUCGGUCCGGGUGCAUUUUCACGAGAAAGUCCUCUAGACUGCAGAGGAAAAACAAACGUACCCGCGAAAUAUUUCCGUUUCGGUUUCCUGAAAAGCUACUAGUUGCUUGGGUGUCGUAUCUAUUCGUGUUCAACAAGUGCACGAAAUAUUUGCCAACAUGGCUCAACCACCUUUAAUUCGAAAUUUAAAGGAACUUUUGGAGCCUGUCCUGGAACCGGGAACCAAAGUGUUGGGUUAUCAGGCAUCUUUUUUGACCGCACCUGGUGAUAACUAUGGAAGUACUAUGUUAGCAGUGACGGUGGAUAUUAGUAAUGCUGCCAAUGAGACGAAGCAGUUACCGUUGGUGGCUAAAAUGCGGCCAGCAAGUGAGGAGUUUUUGGAGAUAUUCCAGAUUGAUGUAACGUUCGUAAAAGAGGCGGCCGUUUACUCGCAGAUUGUUCCCAUAAUGGUGGAUCUGCAGCGAGAGGUGGGCUUUCCGGAAGCGGAAAUAAUUGACGUUUUCUGUCGCUGUUACAACACACGGGUGUCGCUGGAUCCAAACUGCAAGAAAGUCGACGCGGAUGGGGUGAUGCUGCUAGAGAAUUUGAAACUUGCUGGUUACAUCACCGAAAAUCGGCGGAAAGGCUUUACCCGUGAGCAGGCUGAGUUUAUCCUAAUGAAACUUUCUUUGUUCCACGCCAUUCCAAUAGCAUUACGAUAUCAGAAACCGGAUAUUUUUCAGUCAAAUCUCGAAAAGUUCCUGAUCAAAUUCGAUAUUGAUGCUGGCUUGGGAGCUCAGACAGUCAAACGGAUGGUAAACGUAAUGCGCACUGAUUUAAUCAAGGCGGGAGUGGGAGAGCAACUGGCGGAACGAGUCAUGGCGUUGGUGAACGAUUGCCGUCAUCGUCAAGCGAUGUUGACAUCGGAUGAAUUGACGGAAUAUUGUUCGAUGCUGCAUAAUGAUUUGUGGGUCAACAAUAUGAUGAUAAAGUAUGAUGAUAGUAAAAAACCAGUAGGACUAAAAUUUGUUGAUUUUCAGCUAAUUCAAAGAGAUUCUUUAGUUAGAGACGUUUUGUUUUUUCUACUCACGAGUACCAGCGAUCUAGAAUUGGGAAAUCACAUAGACAGUUAUUUGGAAUUUUAUUUCAAGCAUCUGCAGUCCAAUUUGGCAAAGCUAAAAAUACCUAUUUUGAGUCGAUAUACUUAUGAAAGUUUCCUGGCUGAAGUAAAUCGUAUCGCACCGCGAGAGAUGUAUCACAUAUUGGCGAUGCUUAGAGUUGUAUUAGCCAGGAAAGAAUCAAUACCUGAGCAGAGUGAGCUGGAUGCGGAACUUUUUUGCAGUGACAAUCUUGUCGAGGAAGAUUAUUACGAUAAACUUCGUAUGGUGGUGCAGAUAUUCGAUCAAAAACAGUGGGUCUAGUAAAACGACUACAACGGUUUGUGUUAUUAGUUUUUUAUAGCGAAAUUGUGAACGUACAAAUAAUUUGUUAGAUAUUCUUGAAUAUAGUAGCUAAUUGGCAAACGAGUAGAUUAGUAGAUUAUGUGGUACGGAAAGUAACACGUAAAUACACGAUUUGUUGAAUAAAGUAAGAGAAGAUUCGUGUGUAAUUAUGUAGAACCAGAUAAUAAAAUAAAUAUGGAAAGACUGUUAUAACAUCAA